CAUUUCAGGGACACGUCUCGAGGAGAACAAAAUGGCGGCUGCUUUGCGUGGUUUGUUCUCUGCCAUAAGAGCUCCUAGCAUUGCUAGAGCAUGGAGUAAGCCGAGAAUACUUCCCGUCAGAACCGCCGCUCCUUCACUAUCACAAUUCCAUAGGAGAUACAGUGCUACUCCAGCGGCCACAGCCACCAAAACUGGUGCAAAAGGAAAGAUUGUUGCUGUCAUUGGAGCAGUGGUAGAUGUUCAAUUCGAAGAGGGUUUGCCACCCAUUCUGAAUGCAUUGGAGGUGGAGAAUCGUUCGCCGAGACUCAUUCUAGAAGUAGCACAGCAUCUUGGUGAGAAUGUGGUGCGUACGGUGGCUAUGGACGGUACCGAGGGUCUGAUCCGUGGUCAAGGGUGUCUGGAUACUGGGACUGCAAUAAGAGUACCAGUUGGUCCUAAGACCCUGGGUCGUAUCAUGAACGUCAUUGGAGAACCGAUAGACGAGAGAGGAGACAUUGGGUCUGACGUAUAUGCUAAUAUUCACGCUGAAGCUCCUGAUUUUGUUGACAUGAGUACUGAUCAAGAGAUUCUUGUCACUGGUAUUAAAGUCGUCGAUUUGCUUGCACCAUAUACCAAGGGAGGAAAGAUUGGUUUAUUUGGUGGUGCUGGUGUUGGGAAGACAGUACUCAUCAUGGAGCUCAUUAACAAUGUUGCUAAGGCUCACGGCGGUUACUCGGUCUUUGCUGGAGUAGGAGAGAGAACUCGUGAAGGAAACGACUUGUACCAUGAGAUGAUAACUACUGGUGUCAUCAGUCUUAAGGAUGAUUCAUCCAAGGUGGCAUUGGUUUAUGGUCAAAUGAACGAGCCCCCAGGUGCAAGAGCUCGUGUUGCUCUGACUGGUCUAACUGUUGCUGAGUACUUCAGAGAUCAGGAGGGACAAGACGUGUUGCUCUUCAUUGAUAAUAUCUUCAGAUUUACUCAAGCUGGAUCAGAAGUAUCAGCUUUGUUAGGUCGUAUACCGUCAGCUGUUGGUUACCAGCCCACACUGGCUACUGAUAUGGGUACUAUGCAGGAAAGGAUCACAACGACUAAGAAAGGAUCCAUCACUUCAGUACAGGCUAUAUAUGUACCUGCUGAUGAUUUAACUGAUCCUGCUCCAGCUACAACAUUUGCUCAUUUGGAUGCCAACACUGUGCUGUCCAGAGCUAUCUCUGAGCUUGGUAUAUACCCAGCAGUGGAUCCACUGGACUCCAACUCCAGGAUCAUGGACCCCAAUAUUGUUGGGGAAGAGCACUAUAGGAUUGCUAGAGGUGUCCAGAAGAUACUUCAGGAUUACAAGUCUCUUCAAGAUAUCAUUGCUAUUUUGGGUAUGGAUGAAUUGUCAGAAGAUGACAAGCUAACAGUGGCACGUGCUAGGAAGAUCCAAAGGUUCUUGUCUCAGCCUUUCCAGAUGGCUGAGGUCUUCACAGGCAAAGAAGGAAAACUAGUUCCAUUAGAAGACACCUUAAAAGGUUUUAAAGAAAUAUUAGCAGGAGAAUAUGACCAUCUUCCAGAGAUAGCAUUCUACAUGGUUGGCCCUAUUGAAGAGGUCAUCAAGAAAGCUGAAGGUUUAGCUAAAGAUUAGGAACAUUAACAUAUAUACACAUUAGCUUGCAUUAGGUUAUUUACUAAAAUAAUGAUAUUAUGUUGUAAUUUAUCUCUUAUUAUUAAAGUUAACUAGUAUUAUUAUUAUUAACUGUUUUGUUAUGAAUGGCAGUGUUAAUUGUUUUUAGCUUCACAA